CUCUCCCACUGUCUCUUCCGGACUCACACUCGGCAGCUGGCUGCGUUACAGCUCCUCCCUCCUGUGUGGUGGCUUUUCCCGACCAAAGAUCCUUGGACGUGAACAGUUUCGCUGAAGAGCACUUUUUCUUCCCUCCUCCCCCAAAAAACACGCAGACGGACAAUCGAGGCGUCAGUUUCUUCCCACAUCGACCUGAGAGACGGGAGUUAAGGUGUAGGAUAAGGUCUCCAGCCGUCCUUCACCCCCUCCACCUCCCCAAAUCUCUGUCAGCGAUGGAGACUUGGGCUGGCUUCUGCCCAGCCUUGCACUUGUCCCUGGGUAUCUGGCUGAUGGUGGCCGCUCACACCCUGCAACAUGCCAAGGCGGAGAUAACUUGCGCAUCUUGUCCGUCGCCGGUUCAACUUCACCUGGAGGAAUUACAGCUGGGGAUACCCGCCGACCCGACACAGGAGCCGGCCAGCCUCAGAAACAUCCGAGUAGAGUUUGGCGAACUCGGGGUUACCGAGCUGAAUACUGGAAUAGACGGAGAACAGUUCCCCGAAGAGGUCAGUUUGGAUGGAGUUAGCGCGCCCGGAGAUACACCCGGAUCCGCUGGGCAGAGUCAGCACGGUGGAGGCGGCCAGCCGGAGACCGCUGAGGACGCUGCGCUCCGGAGAGCCAAGAGGAGCGGCGGUCCUGAGUUUGCCGACUUGAGCGAGAGCGGGUGGAGCGGGCGGGCUGGUGUGGACGCUGGCGCUCCGGAAGAUCGGGGCUCUAUGUUGGACGGACAACGGCAGGGCAGGUCCGAGUUCAGGUGGAGCAGGGACGAAGGGAGAGGGAAUAACCGGCAGGACGAGCCGAAGCUCACCAGCAGCACUUUCUCUCUGACUGGGGACUCUGCGCACAACCACGCGGUGGUCUACUGGUCCGGACAGAACAGCAGCGUGAUUCUGAUUCUAACGAAGCUCUACGACUUCCACAUCGGCAGCGUUACUGAGAGCACACUGUGGAGAUCUACUGACUACGGCUCCACAUAUGAGAGAAUGAAUGACAAAGUAGGAUCCAAGACUGUUCUGAGUUACCUCUAUGUCUGCCCAACUAACAAGAGGAAGAUUAUGGUGCUGACAGACCCGGAGUUUGAGAGCAGCGUUCUCAUCAGCACUGAUGAAGGAGCCAGUUUCCAGAAGUACCGCCUCUCCUUCUUCGUCCUGAGCCUUUUGUUCCACCCCACUGAGGAGGACUGGGCCUUAGCUUACAGCCACGACCAGAAGCUCUACAGCUCCGUGGACUUUGGCAGGAAAUGGCAGCUCAUCCACGAACGCGUCACGCCGAACAGAUUCUACUGGUCUGUUGCCGGCCUUGACAAGGAGCCGGAUUUGGUACACAUGGAGGCUCAUACACCGGAUGGAAAUGUGCAGUAUGUCACGUGCAGAGCUCAGAUGUGCACAGAAGCUAACAGGAACUACCCUUUCCAUGGAUACGUUGACAUCAGCUCUUUGGUGGUGCAGGACGACUACAUAUUCAUACAGGUUCCCACAUCAGGACGAGCCACCUACUAUGUGUCCUACAAGAGAGACUCGUUCAUACAAAUCAAACUGCCGAAGUAUUCAUUGCCGAAGGAUUUACACAUUGUCAGCACUGAUGAGAAGCAGGUAUUUGCAGCGGUACAGGAGUGGAACCAGAACGACACCUAUAACCUCUACCUGUCCGACACCCGAGGGAUCUACUUCACCUUGGCAAUGGAGAAUGUCAAGACCACCAGGGGCAUCGGAGGGAACCAGAUGCUGGACCUGUACGAGGUGUCAGGAAUUAAAGGCAUGCUAAUCGCUAACAAGAGGCAAGACAAUCAGGUGAAGACGUACAUCACCUACAACAAAGGCAGAGACUGGAGGCUCCUGCAGGCUCCAGCUGCUGACCUGGAUGGGAAUGACAUCCACUGCAUACUGCCUUUCUGUUCCCUCCAUCUCCAACUGCAAAUGUCUGAGAACCCCUAUUUGUCAGGAACGAUCUCCACAAAGAGCUCUGCACCAGGGAUCAUAGUUGCCACAGGAAAUAUCGGAGCCGAGCUGUCCUACAACAACGUGGGCAUGUUCAUAUCGUCGGAUGCCGGCAAUAGCUGGAGACCGAUAUUUGAAGAGGAGCACAACGUUUGGUUUCUGGAUAAAGGAGGAGCUCUGGUGGCCGUGAAGCAGCCGUCGGUGCCAACCAGACACUUGUGGGUCAGCUUUGACGAAGGAAGGCAGUGGACCCAACACAGCUUCUCCUCAGUGCCGCUGUUCGUGGAUGGAGUCUUGGUGGAGGCCGGAGCCGAGAACCAAAUCAUGACCUUCUUCGGCCACUUCAGCCACCGCUCCGAGUGGCAGCUCAUCAAGAUCGACUACAAGUCCAUCUUCAGCAGGAAGUGCACGGAGGAGGACUACCAAACGUGGCACCUGCACAACCAGGGUGAGCCAUGUGUGAUGGGACAGAAACAGAUUUACAUGAAGCGCCGGCCUGGAAACUACUGCAUGCUAGGAAGAGACUACUCCAGAAUCCUCUCAGCCGAGUCCUGCAUUUGCCGAGCUCAUGAUUUUGAAUGUGAUUAUGGAUAUGAGCGCCGCGGUGACGGGAACUGCAGACCGGCCUUCUGGUUCAAUCCGUCCACUGUGUCCCGAAGCUGCAGCCAGGGUCAGAACUACCUCAACAGCACCGGGUACCGUAAAGUGGUGUUGAACAACUGCACUAAAGGAGUUAAAGAAAUGUACACGGCCAGGAAGCAGCAGUGCCCCAACAGACCUCCUAAAGGACUCCUGCUGACCACCAAAGAUGGCAAACUCACCGCCAACCUUGGCAACAAUGUCACCUUCCUGGUGCAUCUAGAUGAGGGUGACUCACUGCGGACGAACAUCCAGCUGGAUUUUGGUGAUGGAACCGCCGUGUCCUACUCCAACCUGAGCUGGACCGAGGAGGGCAUCAAGCACAUCUACAAGUCGGCUGGAAUUUUCCGGGUCACGGCUCUUGCAGAGAACACGUUGGGUUACGACAGCACGACACUCUUCCUGCAUGUCACAUGUCCAGUGGAGCAUGUCCAGCUUCUCGCUCCCUUCGUGGUCAUCAGGAACAAGGAGGUGAACAUCACAGCAGUGGUCUUACCCAGCCACUCUCGCACCGUCACUUACUUCUGGUGGCUUGGCAACAACACAGAGCCGGUGAUUACGUUGGAUGGGAGCAUCUCGCACACCUUCACCAGUGAGGGAAUGCACACCAUCACAGUCCAGGUUGCUGCAGCCAACAGCAUCCUGCAGGAUACCAAGACUAUAGCAGUCAGAGAAUUCUUCAAAUCUCUACUUUUAUCUUUCUCCCCUAAUCUGGACGAGUUCAACCCUGACAUACACGAGUGGAGGCAGGAUGUGGGGAGAGUAAUUAAGAAGGCUCUGCUCCAAGUGUCGGACUUCCCGGAGGAGCAGCUUUUGGUUGCUGUGUUCCCAGGAGUUCCAACAGCUGCUGAACUCUUCCUGCUACCUCACAAGAACCAAUCAGAGGCCAAGAAAAAGAGCGAGGAGGAGCUGGAGCGGGCAUCUGACAUAAUCGUCAGUGCGCUGAACCAAAACCUGGUGGAGUUUGAGCUGAAGCCUGGCGUAAGGGUGAUCGUGUACAACACACAGUUAACACUGGCUCCGCUGGUGGACUCCAGCCCUCGACACAGCAGCUCGGCGAUGCUGAUGCUCCUCUCGGUGGUGUUUCUGGGCCUCGCUGUGUUCCUCAUCUACAAGUUCAAGAGAAAAAUACCUUGGAUCAACAUCUACGCCGAGGUGAACCAGGAGAAGGAGCAGGAGAUGAUCGGCUCGGUGGGCCAAGGCGAAAGCACACCGAAAAUCACGCUGAGUGAGUUCUCCACAUCCAAAGAACUCAUGGAGAAGGAGCUGGACGCCAGGGUCAAAAGGGGAGUCGGAAAUGCCUGCGAGAGCACAAGGGAGAUUCCAAACUGUACCAGUGUGUGAAGCCGGAGAGUGUCGGUUCGAGUACAGAGCGAAGUUAUCACAGUGUCGGGGGUUUCUCUUUUUCUGUUUUGUAAUUCUCAACACUACUGAUGUUAAUAGUUUUCUAAGGGACCUCAUUUAUACAGACUUGCAUGGAUGUCUUGUUCAGCACACAUCCAUGCAGCUAAUUACUCAAUGAGAUCACUGUAAUUACUGACAAAACUUACUGGGUUUUGUGGAUGUAUAAGCUACAUACUGACAUUCAUUUGCAGAGUGAAAUAUCUUUCGUGGAAACCUAUGAUGAAGAGUUCUGUAAAUUUCCUUAAGGAGUUUUGCUUUGAGAAUCAUUUCAGCCUAUAUAUAGACUAUAAUGUCUUCAGUCAAACAGGGAAUAUUAUUGAAAUGUACAAUAUUAUCAUCUGUUCUGUUAAAUGUAUAUAUUAUUAGUUUCUACAUGCUUGUAGUCUGAGUACCAUGGCGACGACAGAAGAUCUGACAAUGGUCUGUUUUUCAAAGUGUGUUAAAACAUUACUUAAAGAACUUUGUUUUGCUAAGGUCCUUGACUUGUGCAUGUUCUUACUGAGGACACGAUUUCUGUGUUGUAGAUAAGCAAGUGUUGUAAAUAGUUAUUUUCUAAUCAUUCGUCCAAAAGCGCCCAGUUGAUUCCUGCUACAUUCUGUUUCAUUCAUCGUAUCGCGUAGGAAGGACUCACCUGUCAGCGCGGGUAGAUUUGUUGUCGACGAAUUUAACUUCCCUCCAUUGCCCUGCAAAAGCAGGGAAAACGUGUUUAAUAUGUUUAUAUUUUCAUGAAACAUAUAUGGUAGAUAAUCAGACAUUUUUAACCACGUUCGCAGCUGCCAUCACAGCAUUACAUUUUGCCUUUAAUGUCUCUGACUUAAGCUCAGAACAAAAGCUGAAUCGGUCUGAAAAAGUUCUAUCGUGGCGACCAGUGAUCAAAUUCACUUAAUGCUCUACAUCUUGGUGACAUUCAUUCAUAAGUAUAAAAUGUGAGUUUAUAUUACUUUUUGCAUAAAUCCUCUAAAACACCUGCAGGCUUGUGGUUGGGUUCAGCUGGUACUAUUUCGAACACCUAAGAAAAUUUGAAAAUCAAUCUCAAAUUGAUCUAAACGUUCAACUUUAAGUCUGUCUGUGACUUUGGUGCAUCACUGAAAUAUUUCAACAACUUCACAAAUUCAUGGCGUCUCCAAUAAAAUGUCUCAACAAUAACUGGAUGGACUGUCAUGAAAUUUGGUUCAAGCAUACAUGUUCUGCUCCUCUGGGUUAUGACCACAUAAACGCAACACUAGAAAGAUUCAAUCCAGUUCAGCUGUGCUUUGCUUUUAGUGUAUUUGCUGAAUUAAAGGUUGGUAUAAUGGCUUGUGGCCUAGUAAACACAAAUAAAAACAAGGCUUUUUAAACUCUAUCAGUUUAAACUACAAAGCAUAUACAACUACAAGGCUUUCUUUGUGUUAAUUGGCUCAACAAAGUCUAAAACCCCAAUCUGAGAUAAUUGGUACCACAACUUUUUUUUUUUUAACUUAGCUGCAUUCUAAUUCACAUACUAUUUAUUUUCAGUGCAUAUAGCUGCCUUCAUACAGUACUUACUGUUUCAUGCAGUAUGCGUACAAUUACAGUUAAGACUGACCACUUCCUUGUAAUAAUGCGCCUUUGACCAUCACAGUCUGUGAUGCAAAAUGGUGGCUCAGGCUUGUUUAUACUUAUGCGCAACCCCUCCGUGUGUGUAACCUAACUGCAGAGGAUUGUGGGUCAGAAUGGCCAGAAAAGCAUGCUGACGUGCAUACUUAAAAGUCUGAUAUUUUUGGCAUGCAUUUGCCAUUUGACACUCUGUAUUGAUACAUACUGAAUCUUUUUUUCUGACAUCUAUAUAGUAUGGAUAUUAGAAUGCAGCUUAAAUUUUCUUCUUCAGGCUCUGUGCACUCUGGCAUGAAAGCUGAUGUUUGACUCGUCAUGAGACUCUUCUUAUGCACGAAAUGGAACAAUCCUGUUCCACCUACUUCAGUUAAGAGGAACAGACUGUUAAGAGUGGAGAGCUGUGAAGAGUAUAAAAAUGUAUGAUAGCAAAAGCAAAGCUUACUCAGAAUGGUUCAAGAGAGGAAUGCUGUUAGAAAAAUGUUAAUCGUGUGUCAUUCUGCUUAUUUCUAAUGCGACAGAUGCACUUUGGGGCUCUGAAAGUUUAAACAUCAUACAUUGAAACACACACUUAUGCCUGACACUGUCCCAUAAUGAAGGGAAUACUUUUGGCUAAGUCAAAGUCAAAUUAAUGUUACUGACUGAAUAUUCUCUGUGAUAAUGACCAAUAGAAUAAUCAGUUUUCUAAUCUGUGUUCUAUCAGCUGCAGUACCAGCAGUGUAAACGGACUGAGCAGCAAACUGGAACCAAAUGUUAAAGCAUAUUUAUCACCACCUGAAUGCGUGUAGGUUUCUGUAGCAACCCGCCAUAUACAGUUUGUCUACUGUAACUUUAACGGACUCUAAUAUACUCACAGAUGCCAAAAGUGUGACCCUAACCUUAACUGGACAUUUACUUGACUGAAAGUUUGUGAGGAAAAAUUGGAGUUAAGCAAGCCCAAGAGUUUCAACUUUAGCCUCCACCGUCUGGCAGUGAGAGUAAUUAAACACUGUCACUGCUUUCUGUUUCAGGCUGUCAUAAGUUUCUUUGUUAUCUGAAGCACCAGAAAUUCUUCUCGGAUGCUUACCAACCCACAAUACUUCUGCAGAAACAUCGCCAAAACAACCAACAAAAAAAAAAAAACACAUAUAAAACGUGUUACUCUACUAAAUACAAAGAUUUACUCGCAGCUGAUUAUAUGUAAAAAUCCUGCACUCCGGCUAUCAAACCCAACUCUGAGCCUACAGGAAGCAGGUAUUAUAAAGGAUUAGCACUGCUGAUGAUACAUUAAACUGACUGCAGAAUAUAAAAAAAAUCAACAAAUGCAGUGUUUCUUGGUGCUUUGGUGCUCACUCUGCUCCUUCUACCAGAGUACAAAUCACAAAAGUGCAGCCAUUGACUCUGUGGCUUUCAUUUGGCUGAUUUAUUCUGACUCGAAACAAAAUAACUUUGAAAUUUCUAGUUCUAAUGUGAGGUUAAAGACUGCGCUGAAGAUCUGCACACUCACUCCCAUUCCAUUGUCUCACACCUGCUCAUCAUUUACACAAAUUCAAAAAUAUUUACACAGAAUAUUGUAAGAUAUCAACUCAAAGAAAAGAUUUAUCUCACUUCAAUAAAUUAGCAAACUGUGAAAAAUAGAAUUUACUGGUGGCUUUAACAUUUUUAGUUACAUAGUCUUCAUUUAUGAGGAGAACAGGAGAACUGGCAGAUGAUCGAAAUUUGGAAUAUUUCUGAGUAUCAGUAUUUGUAUUUUUUGACUGAUAAUUGAUGAAGUAAAUGCGCUACUUCAGGUGUGAUGCAGCCUCCUCUCUCUGUCUGUCGUCACUCUGUGGUCUCAGAAAUGUCUCUCAAGCAGAGACUGAAAAAGCUGAACAAGAAACACAAGCCGUUGCAACAAACCAGGAAAUUAGCUACUCUCACAGUGGCUAAGGCUAUGCUAACAGCUAGCGGCUCAGUUAAAAGGCAACCGCAAAUGACACUGAAACAGAGUCUGGAAAACAGUAAUUAAUAAAGCUGUAAGAUCAGUGGGUAAUAAAUGUGACAGAACAGUGAAAGAUUAAGAAAAGAGAGAAGAGCAUCAGGUGUAACUGCAGGAGAUAAAAUGAUCAAUCUCAGUCGAUCCCACAUAAACAGAGGAGAGAGUCCUGAUUUACUCCCUCCUAUUUCUAUUUUACAUAUUCAGUUAUAGUCACCCUUUUUAAUAAAAGAAGCCUAGUUAUGAAUGACAGAUUCUCUGCUAAAACAUAUCACUCCAAAUAUCAGUCAUCGGCCUUUCUUGGUUACCAAUAAUCGCCAUCAGUAUCGGCCCUAAAAAAACCCAUAUCCAUCGAUCCCUAGCAGAAAGAAAACAUUUACCUCUCUUCCCUAAAUUAAUAAACUGUCAAAAAUAUAACAUUUUCAGUCUGUUACUGUCAUCAACGCUCUCUUCCUGCUGCCAUCUGCUUUGUUCACAACCCAGUACUUCCUGCUUUAGUUUGAAAUGAGGGAGCACGAUCCUCCCAGCAUGCACCUCUCCACCAGCGCUCCGUAUUCUAGUCGUACAAAAAGCCAAGCGGCCUUUUGUUGACUUUAUGAUGAUGAUAAGAAGCUGGACGCUACAUGCAGAUCCUUCCCACGAUGCUCAGCUGCAGUAAACAGCGGUUGUGGAAACACUGCAGAGAUCCACGCUGUCACAUCUCGUAUGAAUUACCUCGAACAGAGAGCUCUCAUCUGAAACCAAACAGCCGAGCCAAGCCUCGUUACCGCAGACAGAAUUCACAAAGACGCUUUUGCAGCUUUGUUGUGUUCGACAAGCCAGCGGUUGUUUGCUGGGCUGCAUUGUGUUUGGGUGGAAGCUUUGAUUGCGUCACUUUGUUCUGACUCUUAUUAGCAAAACAGGAUUAGAAGGAAGACAAAAAGAAAAAUGUGAAAGUUUGAGCAUCUCCAACCAAGUUUUUUUCAGUUUGAACGGACGGCAAAAACACAAAGAAUCUGACUUUCCUCACAAGAAAACAGAUAGAUUAAGCAGAAAUAUUGGAACUGUCACCACUGAAAGAAACUCAAGCGUUUGUCACUUUGAUCACUGGAAAUUUUGGUCUCAUCCGAUAGCGUAAACGCCAAAUUAUCCCGUAAGCACCAAGAUCUCCAGAGGAAGCUGAACUUGAAAGAGAUUCUUUGCAUUUGUGAUUUUUUUUCAGAAGGCAAAAGCAUUGUAAUGUUCUUCAGUGCACAAAAAUCUACAAUGCAUGCAUCAUCAGUAAUGUUCUGUUUCAUCCUUAUUUCAAUAUUUCUACGGUAAAGAAACUGUCAUUUUGAAAUUGUUUCAAAUAAAUGUAUUUUUGUACAUCA